AAACCUAAACUAUACAGUGUCUGAUUCGCCAGACCCACCUUCCCGCUCUUUUCUGAGUCAGCCAGAUUCCACUACUAAUUUGUGCUUUCCGCCAAUCCCUUCUUCCUCUCUCCGAAGCCCUAAUUGCUGAAGAUCACCCCCAGCCCCCAACGCUAUCUCCUCUCUCGAAUCUCUUUCUCAGUUUCUCGUCACUCUCUCCGACGACCUCAAGCUCUCCCUUCCCUGCGCUCGCUUCUCCCGCGGCAGAAGCAGACGGAACCGCGUCUGGUCCCUCGGCUGGUGGUGGUCGUUGUCUUCUUGCUUCUCACGGUCUCUGUCUCGCACCUGGUCUCGAUCUCUCCCUUCCCUGCGCUCCUCGUCGCCGGUAGCAGAGGCAACAGAUCCCGGUUCGCUGGUCUUCGUUGUCGUCUUCUUGUUCGAGCCUUGCCGUCAGCUUCUCCCUCGCCAUCAGUUUCUCCUUCGACAUCAGCUUCCUUCGCGCAACCCGAUUUGGGUUUCUAUAUGGUCCUGAACAAUUCUUGAAGCCCACUCAGAGAGCCAACUUUAUCCUUGAGAAAAUGUCUGCACCAUCAUCAUUGAUAGAGUCUCUAGUUCUUCGGCUCCAUGAGAUCUCAGCUGUCAAAUUUGGCAACUUCAAGCUCAAAUCCGGCAUCUCCUCACCAAUCUACAUAGAUCUCCGCCUCAUCAUUUCUUACCCUUCCCUUCUCCAGCAAAUAUCCCAAACCUUGAUUUCUGCUGUUUCAUCCACUACAUUUGACCUCGUAUGUGGGGUCCCUUAUACGGCCUUACCUAUUGCGACUUGUGUCUCUCUGGCACAGAACAUUCCCAUGGUAAUGCGUCGCAAGGAAAUCAAAGACUAUGGCACUUCUAAAGCCAUUGAAGGUGAUUUCAAGGCUGGCCAAAGUUGCUUAAUAAUUGAGGAUUUAGUUACCAGCGGCACAUCUGUUUUGGAAACAGCCGCACCUCUUCGUAAUGCGGGUUUGAAGAUCAGUGAUGCUGUUGUUUUGAUAGAUAGAGAGCAAGGUGGAAGGGAGAAUCUGGAGGAGAAUGGCAUCAAGCUGCACUCAAUUAUCAAAUUGACUGAGAUGGUGAAAAUUCUGAGGGAUCACGGGAAGCUUGAGGAAGAGACAGUUAGGAAUGUUAUGAGAUUCUUAGAUGAAAAUAAGAAGGUUGCUGCUUUGACAAAGCUGGAGAAGCCCGCAACCAAAGUUAAGGCUUUGUCAUUUUUGGAGAGGGCUAAGUUGUCCAAGAACCCAACAGGAAAGAAGUUGUUUGAGAUAAUGGCAGUGAAGGAGAGUAACCUAUGUUUGGCUGCAGAUGUUGGCACAGCAGCUGAAUUGCUUGAAAUUGCCGAGAAGGUUGGACCUGAGAUAUGCUUGCUGAAGACUCAUGUUGAUAUUUUGCCAGAUUUCACUCCUGAUUUUGGUUCUAAGCUUCUCUCGAUUGCAGAGAAACAUAACUUCUUGAUCUUUGAGGAUCGUAAAUUUGCUGACAUUGGUAACACAGUAACCAUGCAAUAUGAAGGAGGGAUCUUUCGUAUAUUGGAUUGGGCCCAUAUAAUAAAUGCUCAUAUAAUCUCUGGUCCUGGAAUUGUGGAUGGAUUAAAAUUGAAGGGCUUGCCUCGUGGCAGGGGUCUAUUGCUGCUUGCUGAAAUGAGUUCAGCUGGUAACCUUGCCAAGGGAGAUUAUACUGCUGCUGCACUGAAAAUUGCCGAGGAUCACUCUGACUUUGUAAUUGGCUUCAUCUCAGUCAAUCCAGCAUCGUGGCCAGGGUCACCGAUAAAUCCUUCUUUCAUUCAGGCAACUCCUGGUGUUCAAAUGGUAACUGGUGGCGAUGCAUUGGGGCAGCAAUAUAACACUCCAUAUUCAGUUGUUCAUGAUAGGGGCAGUGACAUUAUCAUCGUUGGCCGUGGCAUCAUCAAGGCAGCGAAUCCUGCCGAGGCAGCUCAUGAAUACCGUCUUCAAGGAUGGAAUGCAUACUUGGCAAAGUGCACUUGAAGGAUCUAUGUCAACAAUAAAAGGAUGGACUAAAUGUGGUUUUUUUGUGCUAACCAUAUUUCAACACUAAAGGAAGAGCCAAAACGCACUUUUAAGGUUGUCUUCGAACAGUAAAAAAAAUUGUGUUCUUGUUUGUGCUAA